AGACUCCGUCGAUCUUGUCGUUAUCACCCAGCAUACCACUGCGAGUAGAUGAGUGUUGCCUCAGAAACCAUUUCGGCGACGCAUGGUCCACGGAGAAAGUUUUGGCCACGUCCUCAGAACAUAAUGAAACUGGGUUCAUUUUCUCAGGCGAUGGGACUCGGUCGCACGGACCCAAAGUUCACUCGGUUUACAAGCGGCGUGCGGACGCUUGUGUCGGAACAUCUAGAUGUGUUGCAACUCUUUCAAGAUCAAGACCCCGAGCGGUGGACCGCAUUCUCUAACGAGGUCGUAAGCCAGUUUCCAUUCAUCAAGACCGAAUACGAAGACGCCUGGCCUAUUGAUGGAUACACCCGUCGUUGGCUCAAGAGGAUGCGGUGGAAGCACAAACAAGCGAUGAAGAAUGCCAAUCAGGAUCAACAAGGGGGACCCAAUGAAGAUGGAGACGCCGGUACCAUCCGCAAGAGUGGGCGGCUUCGCAGGAGCCGAGGAAUGCCGCGGUUCGGCCCCAUAUCAUUACCAAUCGGAAAGGUCCUAUCGCCUGCUGAGUCGUCGAGCUCUAGUACGGCGUCUGACUCUGAGUCUACAUAUCGUGACACACCUUCAGUGGGUCCGUCUGUAUCGGUAAGAACGGUCCAUGCCAUCCAGACCGCCCGUUCUGGGAAGGCCCCGGCUAUGACCCGCCACCAAACUACCGCCUCCGCCGGUACAGCACCGAGCAAGCCACACGACGGGGUCAUCCGUGCCUUCCUCCAGUCGCUGAACCCAGAUCUAGAAGACCUCACGCACAAGUUCAUCGGCGCGGGAAUUGUCAACAAAACCUGUCUCAUCGCUCUCGCGGGCAUGCCCGACUGGGAAAAGGAUAAGCUGCUCCGGGAUGAUCUGUCCCUUACGGCGUUCCAAUCUCGGGUCGUUCGCGUCGGACUCGCAGACCUGUUGUAACCGUAGAUGAGCGUGUGAGUGCUGUACGAAACGAAUCGGAAUAAGCGUUGUCGCACUUCGACCUUGUGUUACCGUUAUGUGCAUA